AUGUCCAGCCCCUACGCCCAUUCCAGCUCUGGCGCUGCCAGCAGGUCAACCGAGCGCUUCCCAGUCCAGCAAGGUCACGCACUUGGCCACGCGCGCUCCUUGUCUGGUUCGAACAACGACGGAUUUCGUGCUCUUGACUUGGCCAUUACCGUCCACGAGGAGGAUGUCGCUGGUAUUGAAGGUAUUCGAGCUCCCUUUCUGAACGAACCUCACAUGCAAGACAGGCAGCAGGGACUUGGCCUCGGCUUCCUGCCACGCCGCCUCCGAACACUCUCCAUUCGCAAGAUCCUCUUUGUUCUGCUCCUAGCCUCUGUCAUCUUUGGCGCCACUCGGGUUGUUUCCAAGGACCAUGCCAAGCGCGUCGUUCGCCAGGCAUUCAUGGUUGACGUAUAUCCGCCUCCCGUUGCGCAGCUCCCAGGAUCACCAGACAAGGCGGCUAAGCCGAACCCGAUCCAAUGGCUGCGAGCGAAUACCAUCUUCGAUGUCGACCAGAUGCCCGAGCAGUAUCGCAAGGAGCUCCUGGCAUCGCGUCCCCGUGCUGCGUUGAUUGCGCUGGUCCACAACUCCGAGAUUAACCAUAUGGUAUACAGCAUUGCACAGCUGGAGGCUCGCUUCAAUGGUCGCCUUACACACCAGUACGAUUGGGUCUUCUUCAGUGACGAGGAGUUCACCGACCAGUUCAAGCAGGCUGUCGCUGAUGUGACCAGUUCCCAAUGCUACUUCGAGGUAAUCACCAAAGAGCACUGGAGUGACACAUCCCGGUUUGACGAGGGUCGAAGUCUUGGUGUUAGCGAAGCAUGGCUCCAUGGGUCUCACCACAUGCGUCGAUGGAAUGCUGGCCUGUUUGCCAUGGAGAAGAGUCUCGCCAACUAUGACUACUUCUGGCGUGUCGAACCUGGUGUCGACUUCCGCAGCAACAUCAACUACGAUGUGUUCCGAUUCAUGCAAGACAACAACAUGGCCUAUGGGUUCAACAUGGCCAUCCUCGACGAUGCCCGAUCUUUCCCUUCCCUUUGGGACAGUACCAAGUCGUUUGUCGAGACACACAAGAACCUCAUCCAUGAUGACGCUGAUUAUGACUGGUUCCUCCAAGACCCUCGACAAGUUGCGGAUGCUAGCCAAAAUCGUACACCCGCUGACGAGGAUGACGAGGAUGCGUACGACAGCAUGGAGUACAACAGCUGCCAGUCCUACUCGGAACUUGAAAUCGGUGACCUGUCUUUCUUUCGCGGAGAGGAACAUAGAUCCUAUCUGAAGUACCUGGACAACACUGGUGGCUUCCAUGACGAGAAUUUCGGUAACGCUCCUAUCCACACCAUGAGUGUCAGCAUGUUUCUUCCCAAGUCACGCAUUUGGUACUUUAAAGAUAUCGGCUAUGCACAUGGCGUCUGUACACGAUGUACUCAGCAUGAGCUCAGACUCACCAUCGAUGGGGAACCUGUUCCUGUUUCCCUAGCUCGAUCUAUCGUGAUCAACCAAAGUCUUGGAGAAACGCAUCGUUACUGGGAGGUCGUGGCCCUGGGUAUGAAACGCCAAUCAGGCAUUCCUGGACUGUCCUCUGGCUGUACCGUCAGCGCCAUCUAUUCAGACAAUGGGAAGGUCGUACCUUUCAAGUCGAAGGAACGCAAGGCCUCGCACCCUUGCACCUGCCUAUCUCCUGCCGGGGAGGGGUUCGAGAAAGACUCCGGCUGGAACCGUGAGGAAGUUAUCGCCGCUGGUAGAGCUGGCUUCGAAGGAUACAUCCACGACGGUUUCACGCCCUGA